CAAAUUACAAUAGACUGCAGUGUAACAUAUUUAGUGAUCGACCUGGUCAUCAAUCUUUCCGAAGAACACCUGAUCAAUCACUUCAAGUAUCAUGGAGAAGUGCUCAAAGAAACUAGAGUUUAACCCAAAUACAAGUAAACUAACAGUAACAAGGUUACCAAUGAAAAACUGUGAUAAAUGUAAAAGUAUAAAUAUGUCUGCAUCGGGGUUCUUUGGUGGUAGCUUUGUUGCACCACUUGAUAAAAACAAAAUCGUGAUAUUCCCUCAAUCUUAUGGUAAGAAAGACGUUUCCGUCGAAACCAUGCACAUUUCAUGCCAAUCUGACAUGUAUCAACCUGUCCACAACUAUGGCGGAGUGAUUAUUUACCAAUACGACAGCAAGUCAGAAUGGAGAACUGCCAACAACACUCACUGUAAGACUGGCUAUAUCGUCAUUCAAGACACAGAUUCAGAAAAUGUUAAGCAAUGGAGAAAUGAGCCUGGUGCAGUUCACGGAGCUGUCUAUAGAAAUGCCUUCGGUGAAUCUGUGAACGAGGCGGAAGUCGUUGGCGAAGGUUUUGCGAUACGGAAUGAUACUACGUUUGAAAUUAAUUCAAGCGUUUUCAGCAACCCACUGGGCAGUGCAUUUCACGAUUAUCGUAGAAGGAUGCAUGAAUUGUCAGAGCAUUCCGUCAGAAAGAUAGUAGAGUAUUGGAAGACUGCUGGUCCUUGCUGGCUCAGAGAAAUUUUGAAGUAAAACAGUUGCUCGAAGAUUUCUAUCCAGAAUCGAUUCGAUACGAUUCCAGUUGGGAAGAGUCGAUGAAAAGUCCAUCUCUAAAUUUAUUUCACAAUGUGGAGUUCAGUACCGCAAACACGCCUAUUGGGGUGAUAUUUGAUUACUCCUUUCAAUAAAGAAAGCAUUAGUUAACGAACGAAUUUAAGUCUAGCUAUAGCUUUAAAGUAUUUAAUAAGCCUCACUGACGACUUAUAGCCACGCAACAGUAAACUGCAUGGCCCACAUUAUAUUUUUAGUAUAAAGUUAUUAAACAGUCAAAGCUAUUUGGCAUGAUUAUUUUAUAAGAAAUUCGUGUCACGUCAAUUUUUUGUUGUAAAUUUUUGAAAGGGUCGUUUCAAGCAACGAGACAAUGGUGCGCAGGUAGCUGUUUUGAACGGAUGAUUAAACACGAUUUCAUACUUUAAUUAAUAGACUUCAGUACUAACUGAUCUGAAUUUAUAUAUAGAGAGCUUGAAAUAGCCCCUGUGACAUUUCGUGACUGGAAACUCUUGUCAACUAAGUUCUGGAAAACUUUA